AAAGUUAAUCUUGCGAUUUUGUCAGUAGUCGAUCUUAUAAAUUCAAUCAAUACUUAAAACCUUUACAAAUUGUUCCGCGGAGUUUCUCUUUCCGGUUGUGACUGAUUGGAUCGAAAAUUUAUUACAUAAUCUUUUUUUCUAUAAUAAUGGACAACGAAAUAUUUGAAAUAAAAAAAAUUGUACUUCGUGAUAUCGAGCCGGUUCUACGUCAGAGGAUUGGGAAUCAUAUGAUCAUUGAAAAUUUCAGCAGUAAAUCACUAUUACCUCCUGGAGAAAAUUAUGGAAGUACGAUUUUCAGUGUUGAAGUUGAAUUGAAGAAUAAAAAUACUGAAAAGAAAGAGAAUCUUCAUCUUGUUGCAAAGAUGUGUCCACCAACAGAAUAUCAAAAACAAAUUUUCAAUAGUUCUCGUACAUUUAUAAAAGAAAUCUUUAUGUACGAUACUAUUUUACCAGCUUAUAAUAAGUUGGAAUUGGAGUGUGGAUUAAAAAAGAACGAGAUAUUUGAAAUUUUGCCACAAUUUUACGGGUCCAGGCUGUCUUUAAAACCAGAUGGAGAUUUUGACGAUGAUGCUGUCAUUUUUAUGGAAAAUUUGAAAGUUGAAGGUUACUAUAACGGUGAUAGAGCUUUAGGUUACGAUUUAGAGCACGCAGAGGAAGCAGUCAAGGCUUUAGCGAGAUUUCAUGCUUUAGGAAUGGCUAUGAAACAAAAAAGACCUGGUAUCUUCGAGGUGUUCAAGAUGUACGCGAAAUUUUUACCGAAUUCGGAAAUUAAUAUGGAUAAUAUAUUUGUAACGAUAUUCGAUCAGAUAAAAAAAGACCCAGAAUUAAAUCCUUAUUACGAAAGAUGUGAAAAAAUUCUAUCAGAAUUGAAAUCGGAUAUUUGGUCAGACUCUUUUCGAGAACCAUGGACGACAAUCAUUCAUUCUGAUUUCUGGGUGAAUAAUAUAAUGUUUCAUCGCAGCGAAAAAGGAAAAAUUAAUGGCAUAAAAUUCGUUGAUUUCCAAAUGUAUCUUUAUGGAAGUCCUAUGCGUGAUUUGAUAUUUUUUCUUUACUCUAGCGUUAAGAAUGACACGACAGAAGAACAAGUCGAGGAUCUGAUGGAUUUGUAUUACGAAACUUUGGUAAAUACGUUAAAUAAAAUGAAAUGCAAUACGGAUAAGUUUACCAAAGAAGGAUUUAAAGCAAAAAUGGACGAGGAUGGAGAACGCGAGUUCCUCCAUGUAGCUUUCAUGAUAAAGAUGCUCACGUUAGACACGAAAGAAAUUAAUGAUUUUGAUGUAGACAAAAUACAUUCAGUAGCAGUGGAACAUACUGGAAAUCAAUUAUUCCAAGAACGACUACGAAGAUUAGUACUUUGUUUUGUUAAACGAAAUUGGAUAUAAAAAAAUGAUCACGACGAAGGUGAAGUUUUUUCUACAAAAUGCCUUCGUAUAUAAUUGUAGCACUGAAUUUUGGAAUGAUUGUAUCCGAUUAUUCGAUGUCAUAAUAAACAUAUCACAUAGAUGUA